UUUUUUUUUUUUUUUCGGUCAAAUAAAAGGGAAACGAAGCGCCAAGAUGACGCGAAGCCAGAGGAGCUCGACCUUGGACUCUGCAAGACCCUUGCUCAGCCAUCAUGACACCGAGGACGAUUUGUUAUGGCAGCAGCGGUCGCGAUAUCACGGCACAGAUGCUGCGGUAGCCCGUGCACCGCACGUCAACGACGGCAACAAUGUUGGUGAUGAUAAUGAUGAUGAUGGGUUGGAGGAUUAUAUCAGCCACUUUGACGACGACCCGGAUAACCCGCAGAACUGGCCGGCGUCAUUCAAAUGGAGUGUGGUGGCUUUAUUGGCCAUGACGGCUUUUAGUGUCACAUUCAACUGCAUCUCCCUCGUCCCCCUCGCCCCCUCCAUCGUCCGCUCCCUCACCCCUCCACCUCCUCCCCCCUCCGACGGGACGGACUCUUCCCUCCCACCACCCGCCAACCUCAAAUCCGCCUCCGUCCUCCUCGUCACCAUCUGGGAACUAGGCGAGGCCGCGGGUCCUUUACUCAUCGCCCCGCUCUCGGAGCUUUUCGGGCGCUACCCAACCCUCAACAUCACCAACCUCCUCCUCAUUUUGUUUACUAUCCUCACCGCCACCGCCACUUCGGUACCUACGCUCAUCUUGUCCCGCUGCCUGACGGGCAUGGCAGUCGCUUCGAACGUGCUCAACCCCGCCAUCGUGGGGGACAUGUUCCCUUCUGACCAGCGCGGGAGCGCCAUGUCGCUCAUCUUCAUUGCGCCGCUUAUCGGGGGCGCGGUCGGACCAGCGAUCUCGAGUGCCGUCGCGGAGAGCGUAGGGUGGAGAAAGGUGGUGUGGGGGGUAGUGGGUUUGAGCACCAUUUGCGAGAUUCUGUUCUUGUGUUUGUUCAAGGAGACGUAUAAAGUGGCGAUUGUGAGGAGGAGGGUGAUGAGGGAGAAGCACAGCAGGCACAGGUUGGCGAAUGCGCAUGUGGAUAUGAGCACGGGCAACUUAAAAAGAGGCAAGAAGAGCAAGCGCGAGGAGUGGAGGAAACUGAGGGAUUCGGUGUUGAGGCCGUUCUUGGUGGUGUUUGGGUCCGGACUGCUGAUGGCCUUGUCGCUGUUGGGGUCCGUCACGUUUUCGUAUUUUUACGUGGUUAGUGUGACGUUGCCGGAGAUUCUGGAGGACAAAUAUGGGCUGUCGGGGGCGGUGAAGGGGUUGUGUUUUAUGGGGUUUACCGUCGGCUCCUUCCUAGCCGUCCUAACCUGCAACGCCUUCCUCGACCGUAUUUACAUCGCCCUCCGUGACCGCGACGCCGCCCUCACCCAGCCUUGCUCCCCGGACGAUUGCCGACCCAAGGAAAAACCAGAAUACCGCCUGCCCCUCACCAUCCUCGGCGCCUUCAGCAUGCCCUUCGCCAUCACCUUUUACGGCUGGGUCGCCCAGCUUUCGCUCCCUCUCCCUUUCUUGCUCAUUGCUUGUGGGCUGAUUGGCGCCAACACCAUGAUGACCCUGAUCCCGCUGAUGGCUUACGUGGUGGAUGCGUUUGGCUUGUUCUCGGCAAGUGCCAUGACGGGUGUGAUUGUGAGUAGAUGUCUGAUGGGCACGUUCUUGCCCUUGGCAGCGGCGCCACUGGUGGAUUCGUUUGGGUAUGGAUGGGGGUUCAUGGUCUUUGGAGUCAUGAGUGGCGCGUUGGCGCCGAUUAGUGUGGUGGUGUUUAGGUACGGAGAGAGGUGGAGGCAGUUUUGCAAGUAUAGCAGGGUGGAGCAGUAGGGGUUGUUAGGUAUUGUGUGUGUGUGUGUGUGUGUGUGGAAGAGAGGGAUCUGUGGACGAGAUUGAUUGGGAUACGAUAUGGAUUGGAUAUGAUGGGAUAUGAUGGAAUAUGGACGAGCAAAAAACAAAGGAUGGGAAAAGUUAUGGAUUGGGUUUACACGAUUAACGACUGGACGACAAAAGUUGGGUUGGAUAAAAGACAAAAGUUCUGGCUUGGUUGUUGAAAGGGAUGCGCAUUCAUUUCCCUGUAAUGGAGUUUGGGGGAAGAAAAAAAAAGAGAAUAAUUAAAGGUGUUUUUCACUAUGAAGUCGUUUUUACAACUUCUUCUGCAAAUGAACUCGGUCACUGUUGAAGACAAUGCUGAUGUCGUCGUCUUGUUGGUCUUGGCGGGCAUUUUUAUAUGAGAACCGCAUACAGCCAAG